CACUACUUUGUUUUAAACGGGAACUACAUCUACGAACCGGAGCAAAAUGGGCCCGAGAAACUACCAGCCUUUCAUUUCCUAGAUUUGCAGUUGUAUGAUGAUGAUGAUGUUGGAAUCUCUCCAAGGAGCUCCUUAAAUAUGGGUAUGCUUUUUAGCCUUUUGCAAGGGUUUGCGUGGGUUGCUUGCCUAAAAAUAAAGAUUUUUUUUAGGGAGGGGGAGGAUUAAGUGAAUCCAGACGCACAGACUACAAUCCCCAGAGGGCCUCGCGCCCUCGCCCACGUGACGCCUCGCCAAAUUCACGGUGUCUGUAGGCGAGGCGUUUCAUCUAGGAGGAACCCGAUUGAAGUGGAAGGAACGAAUUUGUACACAAGAGCGCAACUCCCCAGCUGGUUUUGCGGCAGAUCGCCGGAAGAAAAGGAAAAAAGAAUACCAAGAUCAUGCCGAUGUAUUUCUUUUUCUCGGACAAAGUGGUCCUUCUGUUUGACUUCUGGAAAACCCACACCCCAGCAGGGAUGGUGCUCUCGGUGGUGGUGAUCAUGCUGCUUGCGGUGUUGUACGAAGCCAUCAAGGUGAGCAAGGUGAAGAUGCUGCAGCACAUGAUGCCAACCAUCUCCCCCAGCAUCAGCCAAGAGAUUCUAGGAGAGCCAGAAAGGGCGUCCAUCAACACGGGCGUGAGGCAUCUAAGCAGCUCCCUGACAAACUGGCUCCCGUGGCACGUGGCCCAGACCCUGCUCCAUGUGGCCCAGACCCUGCUCCACGUGGCCCAGGUGGUCCUCGGUUACCUACUGAUGCUGGCCGUGAUGUCUUACAACACAUGGAUCUUCCUAGGAGUGAUUGCGGGCUCUGCCAUUGGCUACUACCUAGCAUACCCGCUGCUCAGUCUCAGCAGCGGCAUGCUUGGCUCGGGAGGUUUAGCGCCACCGGUUAACUGGAGACUCCCGCCUUAGAAACGGCCUGUGAACCACGAGCACUGAACCAGGGAAAUGGAGGUCCGUCCACUGUAGUUCCAUGAUCAUUUCUCCUGCCCCCAGUCCCCCCCCCCCGUUAAAUUCUACAUGCAGGGCAUUUCCAACCAUGGAGAACAGCAUUUUAUUUUUUUCCUUCCACUUCUAUUUAUCUGUGGUUUUUUUCUAAGUGCCUUAGAAUAAGUUCCCGAUAGCUAUCCCUGGGAUGUUUCUGUGGUUAGGGGAACUGGUCUAUACAUGCCGAGUAUAACCACUAGGCUGUUGAGCUGUGCAUUGUCUACUCUGACUGGUAGCAUCUCUUGAAGGCCUUAGGGAAGGGGGGCACCUUUACCAGCCCUGCUACCUGGGAUCCUUUCAUGGGACCUGAAGCUCUGCCAGCUUUGUCCAAAGAAUGUGCUGCACCUUUCAGUUGCAUUCUCCCACAACUUUGGGGUUUGGGGUUCUGUAGUGUAGGAAAAAAAGGCAAAUGGGAGGGGGCCAUGUUGGUGCUUUAUAAAAUUAUCUAUGGGGUAGAGCAGGAGUUCCCAGACUGGUCUGUGGACCACCGGUCCAUGAGCUUCAUUCAGGUGGUCCGUGGCAUUCAAUAGUCACCUUGAUUUUGAAUUAUGUUCUAUUGCUGCUUUUAUGUCUUAUAUUGCACUUUACCAUGUUACGGUGUGAAUGCUACGGAAUGUGAUAAAACACAAUAAAAGGAGCAACCAGAAUACAUUUAAAAACCAUGCGGCACCUAGCACAGAGCAUUACAGGCAGAAAAAUCAUUAAGUGGUCCACCAAGACCAUCAGUGAUUUUCAAGUGGUCCAUGGGGGAAAAAAUAGUUUGGGAACCACUGGUCCAGAAAAGGUCGACCAGGGAGUUUUCCCUCCGUCCUGUCGUAAUUCUACAACUGGGACCAUCCAACGAAGCUGAAUGAUGGCAGACUCAGGACAGACUGAAGGAACCAAGAGCACAAGAAGAGCCUGCUGGAUCAGGCCAAUGGCCCAUCUAGGUCCAGCAUCCUGUUCUCACAGUGGCCAGCCAGAUGCUUGUAAGGAGGCCCGCAGGGAGGACCUGAGCGCAAGAGCACUCUCCCCUCUUGCGGGUCCCGGCAACUGCUUCACUCAACGCAUAAGUCAGCUAUGGAACUCAUCACCGCUAGAUGGGGUGAUGUCUUAGAUGGGCUUGGAAAAGGGCGCUGAGACAAAUUCAUGGAGGAGACAGUUACUAGGGGGUGCUCAUCGUGGUGACUAGGUACUUGCACUUCCAACAGCAUGCCUCAUACCAGUUGCUGGGGAUCACGAUCAGGAGAGUCCUAUUCGGCUCAUGUCCUUCUUGUGGAAGCCCUGUAGGUGGCUGAUUGGCCACUGAGAAGAUGCUGGCCCAUAGAAGCCUGUGAUGUGAUGAAGAAUAGUUCUUCUUAUGUUGCCAGGUAGGGUGGAGUGAAGGUGAGUCGAUUCUGGCUCUGAAAGGAAGGAUGUCUGUAUGGUUACGGAACUCACCACCAUGUUAUGUGGGUAUAAAAGGAGUCCAAUCGUAGCCUCACUAAUCAUAGCCAGAUUCAUUCUCAUCAGUGCUUGACCAUAUGACUAUGUUGACAGCCUGCCUUCCACUGAAUCAGACCAUUGGUCCAUCUAGCUCAGCUUUGUCUACACUGACUGGCAGCGGCUUUCCUGGGUUUCAGGCAGGGCUGUCUCCCAGCCCUACCUGGAGCUGCCGGGGAUUGAACCUGAGACGUUCUGCAUGCAAAGCAGAUGCUCUGCCACUGAGCUAGGACCUUUCUUAAGAUCUAGCCCAGAUUGUCUAUGAUGAAAGGCAGCUGAUAUGCAGGUUGUCAGAGGGAGAGGUCUUCCCCCCAUCACCUGUUACCUGAUCCUUUUGAGAUAUCCAGGCUUGAACCUGGGACCCUUUGCAUGAAAGGCAUGUGCUCUGACCACUGCAUAGCUCAGGCCUUCUUUGCCACUGGUCACUUGAAGGGGGUGAGACCACUUGGGAACUCAGUGUAGGCGGCAAGAUGGCAUCCAUCAGUGUUAGCAAAAUUAGUUUGAAAGUGAUUCAACCGUUGUGAAAAGGAGGUCAGGGACAGUUUUGAGAGGGGAGGGACCUCCCCCCGGACACAUCCUAUAGCUGGCUCGGUUUCUGAGCAGAAUCUGUAAAAUGGGUAUAAAAACAACCCCACGAGAUUUUGCUGGAGACUAAAAAUGGACUCUGCAAAGAAACUGGUGGUGUUGGAAAGAGCCGGCGUGGACCAACAGUUAAGAGAGUUGGCCUUGGGCGGUCUAGGUUCAAGUUCUCUGUCUGUCAGACUCAGGUGGCUUUGGACAAACAACCGACUUGGCUGCGUCUGUGAAAUCAGGCAAGUUGCGAGGGAAGGUCACACAGGGUGUAAGGCAGGGAUAGCCAAUGUGGUGCCCUCCAGAUGUUGCUGAACUACAGUUCCCAUUGCUCCUAGCCAACAUGAUCAAUCAUCAGGGACGAUGGGAGUCCAGCAACAUCCAGAGGGCACCACGUUGGCUAUCCCUGAUGCAAAAGACUUCAUAAAAUUAUAACUAGGGGAAAGUAUGUGUGUGUGUGUGUGUGCGGCACCUUGCUUUAACUUGGGGGCACCCGCUAAAUUAAAAAUAUUUGUAUCAAAUGUGCUACAAAAUCAGAUGCAAAAAUCAGUGUCAAAUAAAAAUAUUUUACUAUCA